AUGGACAGCCACGGUACUAACGUCAACGUCCACAGCAAUCUGCAACCGCAGCAAGAAAAAGAACAACAACAACAGCAACAACGUCGUAACAGAUUAACCAAGAAACCUCCCUCCUCCAUCCACACUCACCACCAUCACAGUCACAGCUACUCUCUCACCGCUGAUGGUCGAUUUGACGCCCAAUCCCUCAAGAGCAAACGGAGCUCCACGAGCCUGAGGAGAGCUCCAAGCGCUCCCCACAGAACUCCCGCUAACACAAUUGCUAACGCUGCUAAGAACGUUGCUAAGAACGUCGCUAACGUUGGCAUUAACAACGCGUCAAACUCCGCAGCAUCGCCCCGUCUUCUUCCCUCUCCCACAACCACAACUACUACCGCUACCGCCGCCGCCGCCGCCGCCAUUACGGUAAAUAACCAUAACCAUAACUAUAACAACUCUAACUCCAACCCCAACAAAAACACCACCACUUAUUUCUCCUCGCCUUUGCCUUCCCCUGCUAAAUUUUUUCCGUCUACUACUUCUUCACCUCACGACUUAGUCUCGUCUUUAACUUCGCCGUCGCCUUCUCGCAACCCGUUUCCCCUCGCUGCCGACGGAGCCGCAAUUGGGUCUGGAACCAAAAUUGGCACUGGAAUUGGGAUUGGAAUUGGAAUUGGCACAGGCGUAGGCACAAGCGUAGGCGUUGGUGUUGAAACAGGCAUCGGUAUCAGGUAUCCGACCUCAGGGCAACGUCUCUCUGACCCCUAUCUUCUCCAACCUCUUUCCUCCCAGACCCCCGAGGAGUUUAUCGGCGCGCCCUUUGACGGCAACUCCAUCCUUAGUCAUUUCGACGCUGCCAAGUCGCCCACGUAUCAAUUUUCCUCCCAAACCCGACCGCCACCACCACCGUCGUCGAAUUCAAGUCCCGGCCCACGUGUAAUGAGCCCUCCUGCCCUGCGACAGUCGACUAGCUUCUCCGCCUUAGACGCCAACAUGUCAGAGAAGUCCCAUGGCGCGCGUGUCAACGAGAGUCCUGUCGUGCCCCCGAAACGAUAUUCCGAUGAAUCUAAAGACCUCAAAGGUCCUGGCGUCUUAAGAAAAAAAUCGGGCUUUUCCGGCCUCAUGAGCACAUUGGUGGGGUCACCCAAGAAACCCGUUAUAUCGGCGCCAGAGAACCCCGUUCACGUCACGCAUGUCGGCUACGAUAGUUCCACAGGCCAGUUCACAGGCUUACCCAAAGAAUGGCAACGUCUAAUCAACGAGAGUGGUAUUCCGGAGAAUGCUCGAAGGGAAAACCCGCAAAUGAUUGCGGAUAUUGUCACAUUCUAUAAAGAGACCACGGAGAAGCCUCACGAAGAUCAAGUUCUGGAAAAGUUUCAUGAUGCGAGAGCUACUGAACUGCGCGCCCAAUCUGGUGGAAUGGCAACAUCCCCUGGCAUGUAUGCGUCAAACUAUGCGGGUAUGUCACCUAUGAUAAGUCCACCAGCAAGUCCGAGAUUUCCAAUCGUGAAUAAUGAAGGCACCUUCGAGAACCCCCGCGCGCCCCCUCCUGUACCCGUACCUGGGAAGAGCCCGGUGCUGCAUUCCAUCAAGGAUCACCCCAACUUGCAGCCCAGCCGACCUGCACCGAAACCCCCCCUUUCUCUACAGAGUCGAGCUGCACAGCAACUGCCCUAUGCCACCAAAGACUCGGGCAUAGGCAUGGCGCAGGCCGGCGAAGAUGGACAUUCCACGGGAUCCCACGUUUCGCCACCGAAGGAGGGUGUCCCCAUGCUCCCCGAAGAGCACAGAUCGAGGUCGAGAUCAAACUCGCGAGUUAACGGGUCCCAACCCCAUACGCCCGUCGGCCAGCCGUCACCGGCCGUCCAGGCGGUUUAUCAGCAUCAACUAAUGCAGCAGCAGCAAGAACAGGCUAUGGCUCAAGCUCAGGCUGCUAUGGAGGGCCAACUUGGCAGGUCUGCUAGUACCAAGCAGCCCCCCGCGCAACCAAUGCUGCCGAAUUCGCAGCACCAAAUGGGUCGCGUCCCCGAGGCCAACGGUGCCGGCAACGCGGCCUAUCCAGCACGAGCAGUACCGGCGCAGCAGUCGCGCCCCCGCAAUCGACCGCGGCAAAGCAGCAGCAUCGAUGUGGCAGCGGCGCUAAAACGUAUCUGCUCUGAAGGUGAUCCUCGCGAGAUAUACCGCGGCUUUACUAAGAUUGGCCAAGGUGCUUCCGGGGGCGUCUAUACCGGCCACGAGAGGGGAUCGAAUCGACUAGUAGCCAUUAAGCAGAUGAACUUGGAGCAGCAGCCAAAGAAAGAUUUGAUCAUCAACGAAAUCUUGGUUAUGAAAGAGAGCUCUCACCCGAAUAUCGUUAACUUCAUAGAUAGUUACCUAUGUGGUGGUGAGCUAUGGGUCAUCAUGGAAUACAUGGAAGGAGGUAGUUUGACUGACGUUGUUACUUUUAAUAUAAUGACGGAAGGACAGAUAGCGUCAGUUUGUAGGGAAACGCUGAAGGGCCUCCAGCAUUUACACUCUAAGGGAGUUAUACAUAGAGACAUCAAGUCUGAUAAUAUUUUGCUGUCACUGGAUGGUAAUAUUAAGCUCACCGAUUUCGGAUUUUGCGCACAGAUCAACGAGGCGCAUAAUAAGCGGACCACGAUGGUUGGGACGCCGUAUUGGAUGGCACCCGAAGUGGUCACUAGAAAGGAGUACGGAAGGAAAGUUGAUAUCUGGUCUCUGGGUAUUAUGGCCAUCGAGAUGAUAGAAGGAGAGCCGCCGUAUCUCACCGAAUCGCCGCUCCGCGCCUUGUGGUUAAUCGCUACUAACGGCACACCGCAAAUCAAAGAAGAGCAUAAUUUAUCUGCAGUAUUUAAGGACUUCCUAUAUUUUGCCUUGAGGGUGGACCCAGAGAAGAGAGCAAGCGCACAUGAUUUGCUUCGGCACGAUUUUAUGAAGAUCUGUGUCGACCUGUCGACAUUAUCACCGCUUGUCAGGGCCGCCAGGGAAGCCCGGCUAGAAGAAAAGGCUAAUAAAGGUCAAUGA